UACACACCACUCUCACUGUACGGAACAAUCACAUCGGAAGAGGAUCUGGAGAAGUCCAUACAGAGAGCUUCAAAUGGCGGCGCAAUGUGUGACCAAGGUGGAGCUGAGCAUUUCCUGCGACAACCUUCUAGAUAAGGAUAUCAGUUCCAAAUCUGAUCCUUUGUGCGUCCUCCUAAUGAACACCAGUGGCCAGCAAUGGUUUGAGGUUGACCGCUCGGAAAGGAUUUCAAAUUGCCUAAACCCAAAAUUUGUGAAGAAGUUUGUGAUUGAUUACUACUUUGAAAUAGUUCAGAAAGUGAAGUUUGCCAUCUACGACAUUGACAAUAAAACGUAUGACCUGGAAGAUGAUGAUUUCUUGGGAGAGUGUGAAUGCACCCUGGGGCAAAUUGUGUCUAGCAAGAGACUGACCAAACCGCUUGUAAUGAAAAAUGGCAGACCAGCAGCCAAAGGAACAAUAACGAUAUUUGCAGAAGAGAUUAAGGAUAACAGAGUAGUACAGUUUGAAGCAGAAGCAAGAAAAUUGGACAAUAAGGAUUUCUUUGGAAAGUCGGACCCUUACUUGGAGUUUUACAGACAGGGGGAAGAUGGCAGAUGGCAGAUGGUUCACAGGACAGAAGUGGUCAAAAAUAAUCUGAAUCCUGUCUGGAGACCCUUCAAAAUACCACUGCGGUCCCUAUGCAAUGGAGAUAUGGAGAAGCCAAUUCGGGUUGAAUGUUAUGACCAUGACAAUGAUGGAUCACAUGACCUCAUUGGAAUCUUCCAGACCACCAUGUCUAAGCUAAAGGAAGCAAGUCGUUCGAUGCCAGUGGAAUUUGAUUGCAUAAAUGAAAAGAAGAGACAGAAGAAGAAAAGUUACAGGAAUUCUGGGGUCGUCAGCGUGAAACAUUGCCAGAUCACAGUGGAAUACACUUUCCUGGAUUAUAUAAUGGGUGGAUGUCAAAUGAAUUUUGUUGUUGGCAUUGACUUUACUGGAUCCAAUGGUGACCCUCGCUCUCCCAACUCUCUGCACUUCAUUAGUCCUAAUGGUGUCAAUGAAUAUCUGCAUGCCCUCUGGUCUGUGGGUUUGGUCAUUCAGGAUUAUGACACAGACAAGAUGUUUCCAGCUUUUGGUUUUGGGGCCCAAAUACCACCAUCGGGACAGGUUUCACAUGAGUUCCCAUUAAACUUCAACCCAUCAAACCCUUACUGUGCUGGAAUUGAGGGGGUAGUAGAUGCGUACCGCAGUUGUCUUCCUCAAGUUAAACUGUAUGGCCCCACCAACUUUUCUCCAAUUAUUAACCAUGUCGCUGCAUUUGCUGCAGCUGCAACUCAGCAAAAGACUGCUUCUCAAUACUUUGUCCUGCUGAUCAUCACUGAUGGGGUGAUAACAGAUCUUGAUCAGACACGACAUUCCAUUGUUAAUGCUGCCAAGCUUCCAAUGUCCAUCAUUAUAAUUGGCGUGGGAGGGGCCGACUUCAAUGCAAUGGAGUUUCUGGACGGUGAUAAUGGAGGUCUUCGAUCACCCACUGGAGAGAUGGCGAUAAGAGACAUUGUGCAGUUUGUGCCUUUCAGGCAGUUUGCACAGGCUCCCAAGGAAGCCCUCGCUCAAAGUGUUUUGGCUGAGGUUCCCCAGCAAGUUGUCUCUUACUUCAGACACGUACAAACUAAAGCCACCCAAAGAUCCAGCAGCUAGUUAAAAAAUAAUAAUAAUCAGUUUGCCAAAAAACAAUAUUUCAAUACUAAAUGUAUGUCUAUUACAUUUCUAGACCAGGACUGGACAAAUCCCAAAGUGCUAAAGAAUUACAGCAGGCUCUUAAAAUGCAACAUAUCAGAUUAAACUGUGCUGUGGGAAAACUGGGGGGGUGUCUGCGCUUAUCUUUACUGUGCUGCUGCCUCAAUCUGCUGUCCAAGAUUCCCACAAUUCCUGUGCAUGGGUUUUCCCAGUCAUAAUUUGCGCAUGCCUAAGUAUAUUCCCCCUUUCUGACCACACUCAGGCCUGGUGAUGGGUCCCUCAGACGUUGAGUGCUGAUUUGUGGAAGGCACAGGCAGUGUUUGUGUGCCCCCCAUCCCACUUACAAGUACUAGGACUUUCUUAGGGCUCUGACAACAGAUUGGACACCAAAGCACACUUUACCAAGUCUGGUCAUACAUUCUACAACUGUCUUGUACAAUUUUUCUUUAGAUUUACCAAAAUCAUAUAGGAGAUCAAAUUUAAACACUUUCAAUAUGUGUGCAAUUAGGUAAGCCCUUGUACUACAUAGUUCAAGGUAAAUCUAAAGGAAAUUGAAUACGAAAAAUGAUAUAAUGUAUCGCCAGCCUUUUGGUUACAGCACAGCCUAACUGCUCGGGUUCAUGUUGAUGGGCGUUCUUUUGAAAAACUGCGUUUGCCAUGCCACGUGUAUGCAUUCUGCUGCAUUUGAAAAAUUAACAUUUGACAAGAAAAGGAAAUGCUACAAGUGUAAUGCAGGUCAAAUGCCUGCCUUUGAUUACAUGAAUUGCAAUAGGAUUUUGCUGUCCUGUGUUUGAAAUGUGUUGCGAAGAACACCCGUCUGCAUGAGCCCUUACUUUGCCUACUAACAGGCAUGUACAGACUGUUUACACCUUUAGCAAUGCUGCUGUUUUUUUAUGUAUCCUUUAAUCUUUUGUAUAUACCAUUGUUUUAUUGUAAUAUAGCUAAAUAUAUUCAAGUCAAGUCUAUCUUUUUUAAAGUUUUAUGUGCCAGCUGUAACAGUUUUCCAAAUGUGUUCUUGAAUACUUAUACCACAGCUAAUGCGAUGCCUGUAACUCUCAGAUCCCCCUCAUUAACAUGCUGAUCAUAGGGAA